AUGUCAUCUCUAACCAGGCUUUUGCAAGAGAAACGAAAAAAUGAGGGCAGCGAUGGUCUCUCCAAAAAGGGCACUCCAACACCAUUGCGGCUCGCAGAGAUAGAUAGAGAUUCAACAGCGCAGAAUUCCCAGACCAGUAUUACGACCGUGACGCAGAUAGAUUCUGGUGAGGAAUCUUCGGAGGCGGGGACAUCGUUUGGAGCUGGACCACAUUUUUCAUCAAGCUUUUUGAAUGUAAAUUCUGCGCACACAGCAGCCUACGGAUCCAGUAUACCUGUGCGUGAUCGUAAUGGAUCGAUACACAUAGAUACCGGUAACCUUUCCGGAGCUUCGUACGGCUCUCCUAUUGGCCAAAAUGGCAGGUCGGUUCGAUCGAGUGGACCAGUUACUCCCAAUACCGGUGGCGGUGCCAGGCAAAUUCCAUCGCUAAGCUCCAGUAUACCUUAUUCGGUACCUAACUCGAAUAAAGACAACGGCCUGGGUUCAAGUGGUAGCAAUUCAUCGUUUUCUUCGUCAUGGUUAGAAACUUAUGGUGGGGGGAUUCCUAGUAACGUAUCCGCUAUCGAUUCAAACGUUAUUUCUUCACCAAAGGUAGAUUCUGUUGAACCAAGGUUUGUUAUAUCAAAGCAAAAGCUACAAAAAUCUUCAUUAGAUAAUUCGUCACAGGCUGGUGGUUUAUCGAGAUCAAAUUCACUCUCUUCUCAAUUCGGUAACCUAUUCUUCUCAAAGAAUUCGAAAGAAAGUCCUUCCAUGAAUGGGUCGAUUACUCCGACUACUACAUCAGGAGUUAAACCAUCUUCUUCAUCCUCCGCAACUGCCAUCCCAAAACCUGGUCGAGCAAGACAAAGCAGUUUGUAUAUAUCUUCCAGGCAACCGUCAGGUUCUUUCAGUGAUACUUUCGCAGAAUCCCCGUCCUCCACCCAUGAAAGCGUACUUACUCAAAGUGGACCGAAAUCGAGACACUCGUCUGUGGUGAACAUAAAAUCUUUUUUCAAAAAGGGAUCAGGUGCAAACCUAUCUGGGGCAAAUGGUUUGACUGGUUCACCAAGUACUAAUGUUGCCGUACCAUAUGCAUCCCAAACUUCAAAUAACUCAGGGUUCACACCCGGCUCUUACGGCAGCUUCAACGGUGAUACGAUAUAUUCCCACACAAAUGAUACAAGUUUACCUUUUUCAAAAAGAUAUGUUCGAACAGGUGACGAUUUAGGAGCUGGAGCAGGUGGGUCCGUCAAACUGGUCAAGAGAAUUGUGGACAACAAAGUUUUUGCAGUCAAAGAAUUCAGAGCAAAAUUCGAUCAUGAAAAUAAAAGGGAAUAUGUUAAAAAAAUUACUUCAGAGUAUUGUAUUGGUACAACUCUACGUCAUCAAAAUAUUAUUGAGACGAUUGAGAUAGUCUAUGACAAUAACAGAAUUUUGCAGGUUAUGGAGUAUUGUGAAUACGAUUUAUUUGCCAUAGUCAUGAGUAACAAAAUGUCAUAUGAAGAGAUCUGUUGCUGUUUCAAACAAAUUUUAAAAGGUGUUCAAUAUUUGCAUGGUAUUGGCUUAGCACAUAGAGACUUGAAAUUGGAUAACUGUGUCAUCAAUGAGAAUGGUAUUGUUAAAUUGAUUGAUUUUGGGGCAGCAGUUGUGUUUUCUUAUCCAUUUUCAAAAAAUUUAGUAGAAGCAAGUGGAAUUGUUGGUAGCGAUCCGUAUUUGGCACCCGAAGUUUGCAUAUUUUCCAAGUACGAUCCACGUCCUGUUGAUAUAUGGUCUGUCGCAAUUAUCUUUGCUUGUAUGAUACUGAAGAAAUUCCCAUGGAAGAUACCAAAAUUGAGAGAUAAUUCAUUCAAACUUUUCUGCUCCGGUCGCGACUGUGAUUCGUUGAGUGCCCUUGUUACAAGAGCUCCAGAUCCUCCGUCUUAUGACAAUUUGGACACUCCAACGACUCCAAAUUCAAAGGAUAAAUCAGCUAAUAAUGCCGCUGAUCCAAACAAUACAACCAUUGGUCCCCAAAGAUUGUGUCAUUCUUUACCAGAGGAAUCGCAAGACAUUCUGAGGCGUAUGGUAGAAUUAGCUCCUGCGUGUAGGGCCAACAUUGAUGAAAUCAUGGAAGACCCAUGGAUUGUGGGUAUUGACGCCUGUCGUAUGGUUGAAGAUGGUUUGACUUUCAAACUUGUACCUGGCGCUGACCACACCCAUACAAAAGUGGAUCAAAGUGAAGCACAUAUUGCUGGGUUAGAGAAGAAAAAGAAAAAACAGAAUAAGUGA